UUUCCACCUCCAUUCACUUUGUACACAAGUGCGCGUACACAUAUCUACGAGUGGUUCCCAAAACCACGAUUUGGCCGCUUGGUUUAGACGAUACUUUAGUUCAAGUCAGGCGUAACUAACUUCAGAGUCCAACUUAAUUCCAAGUCGGCUUAGUCCAAGUUAAUUUUUAUCGGCGAAAGUCAAUUGCCAGCGCCUGUGGCUUGGCGAUUUUAGAGUCAGACUCUCAGAGAUACGGUACGUAAUUGAAUUUCUCGCACUCUUCUGACUUCCGGUACUAAUACGUAUGAGCCGCAACUUUUUGUUUAUUUAUUUACAUAAUAGGUAGACUAGACGAGCGAGCUAUUCAUGUUAUGAAAGUGACUUGCCAGACGUUUGAAGUCCUGUUGAGUGUUGUUUAAUCCGACAGCUGCCAUCGAGUGCUCAGCAAAUCAAAUUCAAGCAAGGACACGACGGACAGUUUUUAAAUUCUGACAACAUCAACAGAUCCCUUCACGUAAAAAGCAAAUGAAUGGCUCCAAGAAGGCAAGAGGCAUGAGAGGCAAGUCUGGCAAGACCAAUGGCAAUGGCUCUAGACAGCUGGCAGCCAUCUGUUAACAUUUUUUUUCUAAUUUCUCCUCUGUAUUUGAAUUCGGCGGAAUGGUUUGUCUGGCUCGAUGCGAACUCCACAAUACCACCAAACUUCUGAUCAUUUAUUUAGGGCUUUAUCUUUUCUCUGGACUGCUUCAUGUGAUACUAGCAUCUUGAGCGAAUAGUUCUUGUUGUUUUUCAUACUUAAGUGGAUUGCUAGGAAACCUUGCAGAGUUGAGGGACUAUUAUAAGAUACUGUCAUGAACUACAUAGAUUUUGCAAUUCCAGGAUAUCCCAUCAAUGUUCAAGAACUCCAUAUUCCAGAGCAAAUCUAUCUUUUGAUUGUAUGAUUUAUAUCUUUAGUUACUGACUGCCAGCUCCAAGAGGAAAUCCAACAAAUUUGAAGAACUUAAAGGUUUUGUGAUUAGCAUUUAUCUUACCCAUUGAAUUUUUUUAUAUCUCCAACAAACAAUAAUGCUGCUGAAAUUCCAAAAUCUUCUGGUUGGAUUUGGUCUAAUUCUACAUCAAUGCCUUGCGGAUGGAAACACAGAGGGUGGCCAUAUUCCAGGACAUCUACAGGUUCUUGGUAAACAUCGACCCCCGGAGGGCCACAUUGAAAUCCUGCAUGAACUUCCAUCCCCCAGGGAAUUCUGGGAAAAAUAUGCUCGGGAUGGUGUUCCUGUCCUUUUCCGUGGGAUGGCCAACAACUCACUUGGAGUCCAUCGAUGGACCGAUGAUUAUCUCAGGGAACACUACAGCGACCUUCGGGUGAAGAUUGAAGCAAAAGCAGAGAUGCAAUAUCACCCUGAGGGAGAUAAAGGUAUAGGCCAGGACACCAUGGGAUACUUUCUCAAGACAUACCAGUCACGUGAUGUCUACAUUGUUUCACAACUUCCAGAUCCCAUGUCGAAGGAAGUCUUAGUUCCUCCCUUCAUGACUUGUGGUACCUUCAGUCAACGUCUCCUAGAGGCAAAUCUCUGGUUCAGCAAUGGUGGCACCAAGAGCCUUCUCCACCGGGAUGCUGACAAUGCAAUAAAUUGUCUUUACUUUGGAACUAAAGAUUGGAUCUUUGUCGAUUCCAAGUAUGAGGACAUGAUUCCAGUAGGCGAUGAAGGCAUCGGAGUCCAUGGUGGAUUUGCCAUAUUAAACCCUGAUCUCGUCGACCUGGAGUUGUUUCCAAAGUUUGCUGAUGUUCCUUGGACCUACGGGAAUGUGACUGCAGGAGAUUGUGUUUUUCUACCUCCACGUUACUGGCAUCAGGUCCGAUCCUAUGGCACUCGGAAUCUUGCCAUCUCUCUCCUCUUCUCUCCCAUCACGGAAAAUGAUCUAUCAGACUGUGAGGGCGCCAAAUUGUCUUACACCCCACUGAGUGAGAUGGAGAUGGUCUUUACCUACGAUGGCUAUGCAGAACAAACCAUGGGCGAUACUGAUCCAUUUGAACUUAAUGAAACAAUCCAAGAAUGGUGUGAAGACGUUGGUCCCUCGAUGAAUACACAGGAUAUUUUUCAGUUCCUGAAAGGGGAUUAUCAUGGAGAUGAUGCUUUUCUUCUGGAGAUAUCUGAUCAGGUAGUCGAGCUGCUAGAUGUGAAUAAGGACAACAUAAUUUCUUGUAAGGAUGAGGCCCAAGGCCUCAAAUUGGCAACUUUGAAGAAGUUAGCAAACAUUAUUGACAGAGAUCCUGCCAACACAGAGGAGUACGAGUACAUCAAGAUUGAACCUGAUCAGAUAAGAGAUUUCAUAUCUGACCUGAUUGUAAACCACGAGACCAGAGAACAAACCGUCAUCUCUCGUGAGACCUUUGUGAAAGCCUAUCAGACGUUUGGGGGAUCACUGAAGAUCGGCAAUGAGGUAAUCACUGGUUGAGGUUUGAUAAAGAUCAUCUUUAAGUUUGAUGAUGUAUAGUUACUGUGAUUAUCAUAAACAUCACGAUCAUCAACAUUUUCAAU